UCUCCUAUCCCCCUUCCCCAGAUGGCAGGUAAACCAAUACAUGUUAUAUAUGUUAAAGUAUCACAUUCCCUUUUGUUGUUGUUAUUUUUUUCUCGUAUUUUUCUUUUUUGAUCUAAUUUUUCUUGUGCAGCAUGAUAUUUGUGGAAAUACGUAUAGAAGAAUUGCACAUGUUUAACUUUGCUGUAUAGGAGAGAGUGGAACUAGGGAGGCAGGGAGAAAAAUAUGGAACACAAGGAAGAGGGGAAAAUUGAUGAAAUUUGAGUACAGACUUAAGGAUGCUUUUUUUUUCAUUUUAUAUUUGCCUUUUUUUUUUUUUUUUGCAACAUGGCUAAAAUGGAAAUGUUUUGCAUGUCUUCACACAUAUAAUUGGUAUCAUAUUACUUGCCUUCUCAAUACAUAGGGAACAAGAAAAAAUUUGGACCUCUACAUUUUGAAAAAUGGAUGUUAAAAGAAAACAAAAAAAUUUCAUUAAAAACAAACAAAUAAAAACAAGCAUUUGUUUGAAUUAUUCAAGUUUUGCCAGUAGCAAGCAAAACCAGAAUUUAGAACUGAGGUUAUCUUUUUUUAUGAUGGGGAGAAGGUAGAAUUCCUACUCUAUUUAGUAGGUUACAAAUAGUGUGAUUAAAGAUGAGACUAAAGGAUUCUGGGAUAUUUAGGGGAGGAAGAAGGGUAGUAGAACAGUUGUCUCUGGAAGCAGCCAAGAUAUUUCUGUUCAGAGCAGGUGGUAGGGAUAUUGGGGGGGGGGCACCGGCAGAGAGGGCAGAGAGUAGGAUAAUGUUAAUAGUCCCCUUGCCCUAGCCGGAACUAACACCCCUCCCCCCAAGCUGGCUAAGAUGGUCCUUCCUUUUAGCCCUGAUCAAUGCUCAGAAUAACCUGGAGGAGCCGGAGAGCAGAUGGAGGGAACUAUGCUCUGGAUAUUGCUUCUUCAAGGGCUUCUGGCCCUUGGAUGGGGGAGUGAAGAGCUUCGGCUUUAUCACCAUCUCUUCAAUCACUAUGAUCCUACCCGAAGGCCAGUAAGAUGGCCAGAAGAAAAAGUUUCUGUCAAUUUCAAGGUCACCUUGACUAAUCUUAUCUCAUUGAAUGAGAAACAAGAGACUCUCACAACCAGUGUUUGGAUUGGAAUUGAUUGGAUUGAUUAUCGACUUAACUACAGCAGUAAGGACUUUGGAGGUAUCACAACACUGCGAGUUCCUGCUAACCUUGUAUGGCUUCCCGACAUCGUGCUGGAGAACAACAUAGACGGAGUGUUUGGAGUGGCCUACGAGGCCAAUGUGCUGGUAAGCGAAGGCGGCUUUGUGAGCUGGCUCCCUCCCGCCAUCUACCGCAGCACCUGCGCAGUAGAAGUCACCUACUUUCCCUUUGACUGGCAAAACUGCUCCCUAGUCUUUCGGUCUCAGACAUACAGCGCUGCAGAAGUGGCGAUUGUCUUCUCGGAGGAGUCUGGCCAGAUUCUAAACAAAAUCCAGAUUGAUGCGGAGGCCUAUACGGAGAAUGGGGAGUGGGCCAUCGAUUUCUGUUCUGGGCAGAUCUGGCACCAUGAUGACCGCGCAGUGGAUGCUCCAGGGAACGUUGAAGUCAUCUACACACUCAUCAUCCGAAGGAAGCCCCUUUUCUACAUCAUCAAUAUCAUCGUGCCUUGUGUUCUCAUCUCGGGCCUCGUACUCCUAGUCUACUUCCUUCCUGCGCAGGCGGGUGGGCAGAAGUGUACAGUCUCCAUCUCGGUCCUCCUGGCCCAGACCGUUUUCCUGUUCCUCAUGGCGACAAAAAUACCAGAGACUUCUCUGAGCGUCCCUUUGCUGGGGAGGUAUCUCAUUUUCGUCAUGGUUGUAGCUGCUCUGAUUGUCAUGAAUUGCGUCAUCGUGCUCAACGUCUCUCUAAGGACGCCAAACACUCAUGUUAUGUCUCCUCGGUUACGUUAUGUUUUCUUAGAAUUGUUGCCAGGUCUUUUGGGUUCUACUCCGCCUCCGCCAGCGCCAGGUGCUGCUUCUUCCCAACGGAGGGCUUCUUCCCAGGGAAUUCUACUCCGUGCGGAGGAACUGAUCCUGAGGAAGCCCCGGAGCGAGCUGCUAUUUGAAGGGCAAAGACAUCGGCAUGGGACAGGACCAGCUGCCUCCACUGCCGCCCUAUGUCAGAGUCUGGGAACUGCUUCAUCAGAGAUUCGUUGCUGUGUAGACGCGGUGAACUUCUUAGCGGAAAGCAUGCGGGAGCAGGAAGACUCUGGGGAGGAAGUUUCCAGCUGGGUCCUUGUGGGAAAAGCCUUGGACAACAUCUGCUUCUGGGCAGCCCUUGUGCUCUUUGGGUUUGGCACAGGCCUUAUCUUUCUUGGCGGUCACCUGAACCAGGUGCCCGACUUGCCCUUCCCCCCUUGUAUGUAGACUUCCUUUGUAACCAGACCACCCAUAAUCCUAAAACUGAGCUUCUUCGAGGGGUGUUGACCCUUAUUGGUCCCUCCAUCUUGAGCCUUAUUGGCCAGUGCAAUCAUGAAAUAAAAUCUUCAGUGACCAGUCACUAAGGCCCAAGUGAAAAGGACCUCCCACAUUUCACUUCCCUCUCCCUAAAAAUCUUUCUUGGACUCGUCUCCUUUAUUCAGUUAUUUUUGUUCAUUGAUAUGAUUCACACUGAGGCCUCUCUCCUCUUCUGUGGUACAAGGACCUCAGCAGCCUCCUGCUCUGUAAAAGAAACCUGGCUUUCCCUAGCCUCUAGAUUUCUCCCACAAAAUCCACUGAAUCAUGACUAAAGUAAAGCCUUUUAGACUGUAUUAAAGUAUUUUUUUCAAUACUGAAUGGGAAUUUGAAUAUUAACUAGUCUACCCCAGUUUCCCAGAUAAUUCCCUCUUUCCUCUCCUCCUCCCCAACACAAUAGCUAGCACUUACGUUGUGCUUUAAUGUUUGCAAAGCAUUUUGCAUGUUAGCUCAUUUGAUCCUCACAAUUAUAUAAAAUAACUACUAAAAUCUCCAUUUUAAGAUAAGGAAAUGAAAGCAUUUGUCCCAGAGUCACACAGAUAGUGUAUGUGAGACAGGAUUUGAAUUAAGGUCUUCCUGAUUCCACAUUUCACACUAUCCACUAGACUAUCUAACUUUGACCUGAACAAGUCUAGAUUCCCAGUUUACCCUCCCCCCACAAACAAUAUCCCAUCUUGCUUGACUCAUGAAGCCCUUUAAAAACCCACUUUGUGUAUAUUACUGAUUUUGGCCCUCCUUCCAAACAAAGGAUACACCAGUGGACCUAAGCUGUUCCUCUUUCCUUGGCUGUCCCCAAUACAAUAUUCCUCCACAAUAAAGUUUGUUUCUUCUAACUUCCCUUAUGGUGUUUUGCCUUGUGGUGUUCUACCUCCACAAUUCAGGUCUGUUUUUCCUAAACAAUAGAUAGCAAAUAGAUAAACAUAGGCGGGAAGUCUGGCCCUUUUUCUACCUGGCCAAUAGGCCCAAUUUGGCCUGUUAGAGGUUAGAGGUAGGGAAAGCGGAAUAGUCAGAGCCUCCUAAAAGAAAUUAGAGAAUUAUGGGUACUUCCUCUUAUCUCCCUUUGAUGACACUUUCUUCUGUUGUUUUCUUUUCUCAACUCUCUUAUAUACCAAUCUCAUAUAAAUAUUCUUGGCUUCUUUUCACUUGUUUCAGUCUGGAAUCUAUUUUGGAGUUUAUUCUGACCAUUGCUUCUUCAUCACUGACAAUUAUUAUUGAACAUAUUCUUUAUAAUUGUAAUUCUAGUGUUAGUUUAUUUGAGUAAAAAAGCAAUGGGAUAGGAGAAGCUGGUUGAAUUCUGUCUUUAUUAACAAAUGAGGUUUCCAAGGCCACUACAUUGAGAUUGAGGGCAGGGAAUAGGAUGAAGGGAGCUACUUGCUGCUCACACUAUAUACAAAUGCAAGCAAGGUGGGGCUGGGGGGAUAGAUGAGAGCAGUAGCCAGUCCCAUCCCCCCACCCCCCAUCCAGGAAGAGGAUUGGAGAAGAGGAAAGGGGAGAUAAGAUUAGAAAGGGGAAGGAUUAUUUUGGCUGGCAGCCCCCCUCCCCAUUCCCUGGAGAUGGGGAGGGGGGAGAUGAUUAAAGUGCUUUCAGAAAGUAAUGAGGAAAUGGUCCCCAUGGACCAUCCCCCCCUUCCCCUGGAGUGACUGGUGACCCCGUCUCUAUGCCACCCCCCCCAGGGUCUGGUACAUUCAUUGGAGGAGUUGGUCCCCCUGGCGUGCAAAAAAGGGCCCUGGGACUCUGCCCUAGAUAGCAGCAGUAGAAUGAAGGGAGGCAUCCCCAAGCACUUUCCUCUUUGGUGGGGGAGGAAGAGGGAGGAAGAGGAAGGAAGGGGCUGAUUCCCAAAUAAUUUCUGGUGGGAGAAAGCUGUACCUCUAUCCAGGAGUUGGGAGUAACAGGCACAGUUUUUUUUAAGAGAGAACAUUUUGAGAGAGGAAAGAGGAAAGGGAAGGUCACGUGAUCACAAAAAGCUUCAGGGGUCAUAGGUCACGUUCCCAGCAGGCUCCAGUGAAUCAAACUAAAAAAAAAAAAAAAAAAGCAAAA